AUGGCUAGCCAGCCACCUGAAGACGCUGCAGAGUCCCCGGUCUCCGAUGAGCUGGAGUGCAAGAUCUGUUAUAAUCGAUACAAUCUGAAACAGAGGAAACCCAAAGUGCUGGAGUGUUGUCAUAGGGUUUGUGCCAAAUGCCUGUACAAGAUCAUAGACUUUGGGGACUCCCCACAAGGUGUCAUUGUCUGUCCCUUCUGCAGAUUUGAGACAUGCCUGCCAGAUGAUGAGGUUAGUACCCUGCCCGAUGACAACAACAUCCUCAUCAACUUGACUUGUGGAGGCAAAGGAAAGAAAUCCCUGCCAGAGAACCCCACCGAGCUGCUACUGACCCCCAAGAGGCUGGCCUCUCUUGUCAGUCCUUCUCACACGUCUUCCAACUGCCUGGUUAUAACCAUCAUGGAGGUGCAGAGAGAGAGCUCCCCGUCGCUGAGCUCCACUCCAGUGGUGGAAUUUUAUAGGCCUGCCAGUUUUGACUCUGUCACCACUGUGUCACACAACUGGACUGUGUGGAACUGUACGUCCCUGCUGUUUCAGACAUCCAUCCAGGUGUUAGUGUGGUUGCUGUGUUUGCUGUACUUCAGCUCCUUACCCUUAGGGAUUUACUUACUGGUAUCUAAGAAAGUCACCCUUGGGGUCGUCUUUGUCAGCCUGGUCCCUUCGAGCCUGGUUAUUCUUAUGGUGUAUGGGUUUUGCCAAUGCGUUUGUCAUGAAUUUCUAGACUGUAUGGCACCUCCUUCUUAA